AUAUUAUCAAGGUGCUAUUAUUUUCCCUCAUCAGAAUUAUUUUCCGUCCUGGGCUUUGCGCCCUAGUAGUGCUAUGGGGUUUUCUACGUCACCAGGGAGAAACUGUGCGAAAACAAUGCUCCUCCGCCAGAAACCAUCUCCUCCACCGGAGAGCAUUCGGGUAGAUUAGACUUCUAUUCUACCGCUCUCACCGUCCGACGACCUCCACAAUAGCCAGCUAAAGAGAACGGGGCAGAAUAGGGAUGCAGUAGGACUGCCACAUUGGGCUGCCAUCUCCAUCGCCUUCAGAUCACACGGGACUAGAGGGAGCCUAGUCUAGUCUGUUUGUUUUUCUAUUGAGGUCCAGACUGCAACUUUCCCCAGGGUACGGUCCUGAUGGCUGGACACGAGUGGGAGUAUAAGGACUGGUUCGAACGGGAGGAAUUUAUCGGACAGAUCAGCGACAUCCGAGUGCAGAAUCUUCAAGUUGAAAGAGAGGUCGUUCAGAAGAGGACCUUCACACGAUGGAUGAAUCUGCAUUUGGAGAAGUGCACUCCUCCGAUGGAGGUGAAUGACCUGUUCAGAGAUAUCCAGGAUGGAAGGAUACUCAUGGCCCUGCUGGAGGAACUGUCUGGAUGCAAGCUGCUUCAUGGAUGGAAGCAGUCCUCACAUCGUAUCUUCAGACUGAACAACAUCGCUAAAGUCCUUACCUUCCUGGAGGAGAGAAAUGUGAAGCUGGUCAGUAUUGACGCUGCAGAUGUUGCCGAUGGCAACUCUUCCAUCGUUCUUGGACUCAUCUGGAAUAUCAUCCUGUUUUUCCAGAUCAAGGAGCUGACAGGGAACAUUAAGAGUCAGUUCCCCUCGUCCUCUAGCCUCUCCUCGCUCCCGACCAGCUCAGACUCCGACACCUCCCACUCCAGCACGCCCUCCUUCGAGAGACCGCGGUCCAUCGCCAUGAGGGAUCAUGGGAAGCCCAUCAAGACGCUCCUGCAGUGGGUCCAGAGACGAACCCGGAAGUAUGGUGUGGCGGUGCAGGACUUUGGGAAGAGCUGGACCAGUGGGCUGGCCUUCCUGGCUGUCAUUAAGUCUAUAGACCCCAGCCUGGUGGACAUGAGGAGAGCUCUGCUGAGGACAGCCAGGGAGAACCUAGAGGAUGCCUUCAGGACAGCCCACUAUAGCCUGGGCAUACCCAGAAUACUGGAUCCAGAGGACGUGACCAUCAACCCUCCAGACGAGCAGUCCAUCAUGACCUAUGUGUCCCAGUUCCUCGAGCACUUUCCUGGGAUGGAGGAGCCCCAGGAAAAUGCAUCUGAUGUGAUACAGAGGAGUGUGUCGUCGGGCAGACUCAGCUGUCGUGUCAACGACUCCUCCCACGACCUGAGGAACGGCGUCCACCGGAGCCGGGACAGAGAGAGGCCCUACGUGGUCCGGAGAGACUGGGUCCAGCCUCCGCCCAAAAUCUUAAUCUCCUCCGUCUCUGAGGAUCUCAAGUCUCCUACUUCCCCGGUCGCAGUGGAGCGCUCCUGGGUCAAUGAGGGCUCGUCGGUUGGGUCCACCCCCAGCCCUGUCUUCACUGUCUCCACCUCCAGCUCCCCGCAGCCCUCCUUCGUCGACUCGGUCAUCGGCUCUGUGUCUUGCGACUCACCAAUCAGUGACUCUGUCAUCGGUUCACCAGACUCCUGCUGGGAGGGCCAUCCAAACGAGGCAGUGACUCCAGACAGGUUCGUGGAGAGCCGUAGCGAUGGGUCGCUAUGCGACAGCGGGCUAUCCUGGGACAUGAGCAUCCCUCCCUCUACCCCCCACGGGGUCACGCCUGACCUGGAGGAACCGUUGCCCUCGGUUAUGGGGCUGACAGGGAAACCCCAGGAUGGGGAGAUGUUUGUUGACGAGGAAAACUACUCUCUAAACUCGUUGGUGAGCACACAGUACAGAUCCAGAACACGCCCAAAGAAAGAGGAGGACGGGGGGGAGAGAGAGGAGGACGGGUGGGAGAGAGAGGAGGACGGGGGGGAGAAAGAGGAGGACGGGGGGGAGAGAGAGGAGGAGGAGUAUAACUACAUUCUGGACCUGAGUGAGGACAAGGCAGUUAAGCAGGAGCCUGAUCAAAGAGAAGGAAAUAACAAGUACAGGUCAAGUACAGGUCAGAGUAACAGCGUUAACAAGGAGCAGGGGUGGCCAUCUUUAGAGCUCUCUGAAGAGCCUCAGGAAACUGACUCUGACCAGAAGGGGGAGAGUGUGUGUGAGGGUGAGAGUGUGUGUGAGGGUGAGAGUGUGUGUGGGGGUGAGAGUGUGUGUGAGGGUGAGAGAGGAGGAGCUGUGUGUUCUCCACAACAUGAGAAAAUCAGCCAAUCAAAGCAGGGCUCUGACAUCACACAUCAGGAGAUCCCCGACCUGCAAGAAGAGCCCAAUCAACGGGACACUGUCCCGGAGACAACAGACAGGACAUCAGAAUGUGCCAAGAAGGAAACGGCGGAACCAUCUAGAGAUUCCAGGAAGGCUGGAAACCCUGAGGAAGAGUUAGCUAAGGAACGUUCUGAUAAAGCAGAGGGUCAAAGUGAUGUGACUGACAGAGUGGAGACGGAACACAGACAGACUACUUCUCUGUCAGAGAGGGACAGCGAUGGGGAGCGGUCCCUGGAGGGGUCAGAGGAAAGGCACAAGCAGGUCACAGAAGAGUCUGAAACACAAGAGAAGAUAACAGAUGUUCAGAACAGCCACGUAGAGUCACAGGAGAACACUACGACACAGGUUGAUGAUGUCACAGAGUCAACGCAUCCACAACCGUAUAUGGAAAUGGACCAGAGUCGGACCAUCCUGGGGGGCACCUCAGAACAAUGUCUGGACCCGGUGGAGCAGAGCCAUACUGGGACAACUCCUGCCUGCACAGAUGGUGGGCAGAGUUCCACACUCCUAACAGAGGCCGGUAAGGAAGGGAUCCUGAGCCCAGAGAUAGAAGCGGAGGCUGGGGAUGAAGACAUGUGUGGACACCCUGGAGGUUGCUUGGUUGAGAGGACUGGAAAGUGUGAGAGAGCCUCUUGUGUUGGAGAUGCUGACGUGAAUGUAGUAGCUCCUGAGGAGAAGAGAGUCGCAGAAAAGGAACAUGACUGGGUGGAUGGGUCUGGGACCACAGACAACACAGAGACCGUAGUGGAGGUCCCCCAUCAGUGCACGCCAGUUUCCAUUAUACCCCUUGACAUGGUGUACUACCCCCACUAUGACGUCCCCAUCUCCCAGGUGAUCGAGGCUUUUAUGGAGCCUAACCCUGGAUCGGUGCUCACUGGGCUGGUUCCUCAGUCUCCUCUCUUUGACACAAACACCCAGAGCCAGGCUGUACUGCAUAGCCAGGAGGAGAGAGACUCAGAGAAGGACACAGGGGAUCAUACUGAUGGCGGUCAUAGUGAGACAGAGGCCUCUGCUGUGGAAGAGACAGGGGACAAAAUUGCCGACACAGAACAGAGUGAAACCAAGCCUGUGAAUAUGACCUAUACAAACACUGAGAGGAGAAGUGCUUUGGAGUCUGAAAGUGAACCAAUGGACUUGUUCUAUACAGACAGUGAUGCUGGCGAGAGUUCUAGAUCAGCCCUUGAGGAGCCAAUGACAGUGAGCGACACUCUGGAGCCAAUGGAUCUGUUCUACCCGGAUACAGAUGAUUGUGGCCCUGUAGAGGAAGCAGAGAACGAUGUGGAGACCUCGCCGUGGUCCUCCUCCUUCAGCAAGUCAGUAGAGACCUGGCCCUCAACCUUCAGUGUGGCAGCGCUACAACCAGCACCAUCCUCAGAACCAGAACCACUGCUAGAGACACACACACAGACACACACAGACUCACACACACACAACACGCUGUAUCAAGAGGAACUUUGCGAGGUGUCAACCACACAGGAGCAGGAUAAGGAGAUUGAGGUGAGAGGGGGCUCUGGUGGAUCAGACCCCCAGGAACGGUGCUCCAUGCUGGGUGAGCAGACGGCGGGAGACGGUGCUGUGGUGGAGGUGGAGACCCACCGUGGGUCUGCUGAGAGCAGUGAUCUCACCAUGACUGACAAGGAGAGGCCUGGCUCUGCUGCUGCUGCCAGAGAAAGCUACGAGACCGUGAGAAGGAACGCUGACAGUGAUGGAGCCCUAGAUGAUCAGUGUUCUAUGUGUUCUACUCCUCUCCACAAGAGGAAGAACAAUGGCUCCAAUGAGAACGACAAUCAGAAAAGUUUGGCAUCCAGCCGAACUCACUGUACCAAGUCUGACACCAGCUGGAAGAAGAUACAGAUUCCAACGUCAUUGACAGAGUACUACGUUCUCCUGCUGCUGUGGCUGGUCCUCUACUGUCUGUUGGUGCUGCCACAGAUCCACUACAGAGACCUGCCACGCCUUCUGCUCAACCUGGGCAAAUGAACACACACACACACACACACGUCAUGUACAUGUCACACACACGACACAUACACAAGCACGUACACACAUACACACACUCAUUCUCACAGGCAUGCAUACACACACUCAUUCUCACAGGCAUGCAUACACACACAUACACACACUCAUUCUCACAGGCAUGCAUACACACACUCAUUCUCACAGGCAUGCAUACACACACACACACACACUCAUUCUCACAGGCAUGCACACACACACUUUGCUAUCUUCUCCAGUCAACAUUGUCCCUCAUUCAUAUCGGCCCUUAACCUUUUCCUUUCAACACAUUUCAUAUCGACAGCAAAUUAAGGCUUUUUUUUUAUUCCAGAAUAAUUUAAAGGUUUUUAAAGAUUCUGCUCUUUGGCUUUUAAUGUGGCUUGAACUGAUAUGCUUACAUUGUAAAGACAAAGCUAUAACUCUGUAUGUUUCUCUGAGUUUAUUGAUGUACAAAGAGAGAAGUCUUGUAAGAGUCUGUAGGAUUGUACAGAACACAUUAUUUUAAAUGUUUUGUUUUCUGCAAAGAGUUUGAAUACAGUUUAUGAAGCUUUGCAGUGGGCCCAUUUAUGUAAAUGUUGUGGAAAAACAUGUUUCAGAUUCAUCCCUUUAUGUCAUUUUAGAAUUUACACACCGUUUGAUAAGAAAAAAUAAGAAAAUGUGUGGUAUUUCACAGACGCACAAAUAUCACAUCCAAGACAUGCUAACCUCUCACCAUUACAAUAGCAAGGUAGAUUAGCAUUUUCUAUCAUACCUCCAAGACAUGCUAACCUCUCACCAUUACAAUAGCAAGGUAGGUUAGCAUUUUCUAUCAUACCUCCAAGACAUGCUAACCUCUCACCAUUACAAUAGCAAGGUAGAUUAGCAUUUUCUAUCAUACCUCCAAGACAUGCUAACCUCUCACCAUUACAAUAGCAAGGUAGGUUAGCAUUUUCUAUCAUACCUCCAAGACAUGCUAACCUCUCACCAUUACAAUAGCAAAGUAGGUUAGCAUUUUCUAUCAUACCUCCAAGACAUGCUAACCUCUCACCAUUACAAUAGCAAAGUAGGUUAGCAUUUUCUAUCAUACCUCCAAGACAUGCUAACCUCUCACCAUUACAAUAGCAAGGUAGGUUAGCAUUUUCUAUCAUACCUCCAAGACAUGCUAACCUCUCACCAUUACAAUAGCAAAGUAGGUUAGCAUUUUCUAUCAUACCUCCAAGACAUGCUAACCUCUCACCAUUACAAUAGCAAGGUAGGUUAGCAUUUUCUAUCAUACCUCCAAGACAUGCUAACCUCUCACCAUUACAAUAGCAAGGUAGAUUAGCAUUUUCUAUCAUACCUCCAAGACAUGCUAACCUCUCACCAUUACAAUAGCAAGGUAGAUUAGCAUUUUCUGGGGGGUAUGAUAUUUGUGCGUCUGUAACUUUCUCACUCAUCAUUAUUCACAAUUCAUUCAAGACUAUCUGUAAUCAUGGUAGCAUCCACAUUAAUGUAGAAGUGUUUAGAAACAUAUUCUGUAAUGAUUUACAAUAAAAGUGACUCCAAAUGACACAACACAUUAUUUACCAUUCAUUUCUAUUGGGUGCAAAGUAAUCUGAAACACAACCAAAACAAACAGAAAAUGCUUGAUGUAAUCACUGUGUGCUAGGAAUAUGGGACCAAAUACUAAACUUUUGACUACUUUAAUACACAUAUAAGUACAUUUGUCCCAAUACUUUUGGUCCCCUAAAAUGGGGGUACUAUGUAAAAAAAAGUGCUGUAAUUUCUAAACGGUUCACCCAGUAUGGAUAAAAAUGCUCAAAUUAAAGCUGACAGUCUGCACCUUAACCUCAUAGUAAUUGUAUAAUUUCAAAUCCAAAGUGCUGGACUACAGAGCCAAAACAACAACAAAAAAUGUCACUGUCCCAAUACUUUUGGAGCUCACUGUAUUUACACAUUUGAGAUAAAGCACAAAUUUCAUUGGACGAUGAACCUCUAGAAGGUACUACUUGUCUUACAAGAAUCUCUCAGUGGAUUCUGCAGAGGUUUGAGAGGGUGUCAGUUGUGAGGCUUGGAGGGUGUCAGUUGAGAGGCUUGGACGGUGUCAGUUGAGAGGCUUGGAGUGUGUCAGUUGUGAGGCGUGGAGUGUGUCAGUUGUGAGGCGUGGAGUGUGUCAGUUGUGAGGCGUGGAGUGUGUCAGUUGAGAGGCUUGGAGGGUGUCAGUUGUGAGGCGUGGAGUGUGUCAGUUGAGAGGCUUGGAGGGUGUCAGUUGAGAGGCUUGGAGGGUGUCAGUUGUGAGGCGUGGAGUGUGUCAGUUGUGAGGCGUGGAGUGUGUCAGUUGUGAGGCGUGGAGUGUGUCAGUUGUGAGGCGUGGAGUGUGUCAGUUGAGAGGCUUGGAGGGUGUCAGUUGAACUUUUUGAAACACAGUGUGUGAACUGCCAAAGAUACAGUGUUUGGAAUGCUGAAUAUAGAAUAGUCAACUCACCACUAUAAGUUAACACACAGAGGAACUAGUUAUGAAGUGACAAUAUUGGUUUACUAAUAAUAUGUUGGUCUUAUAUUUUAAGGAUUUUAAGAAUGCUGAAUCAUAUCACUCUUUGUCAUGUCUAAGGAUACGUUGGAAGUACAGUAUAUUAAGGCAUUUUUGAAGUUUAAUGAUUCAUUCCGUUAAAUAGUUAUGUUUCUAUGCCUGUGGGUUGUUUUUUAAACUGCUGUGAUUGAUUCAGCUGUGCUUGAGCUUGUAAAAGUUCCUUUUAAUAAAACGAGAAUGGUUUAUGAUGAAAUAUUUCUUUAGAAAUGUUUUUUUAGCAAUGUCUGUAAUUAAGUAAUGUACCAUGAUAAACAUUUUAUUUAAAUCUGCUUUUGUUUUUACGGCCACCUGAAUCUUCAAAAUAAUUCCUCCAACUAGCACAGAAUUCCUAUGAAAUAAGAUUGUAUUUGUCACAUGCGCCGAAUACAACAGGUGUAGACUAUACCAUGAAAUGCUUAAUUACGAUCCCUUUCCCAACAAUACAGAGUUAAAAAGUACAAAAAAAUGUGCUAAAUAAAAAAAGGAAAUAGUAACACAAUAAAAUAAUAAUAACGAGACCAUAAACAAGGACUACCGGUACCGAGUCAAUAUGCAGGGAUACGAGGUAAUUGAGGUAAUUAUGCACAUGUAGGUAAGGGUAAAAGUGACAAGGCAAUCAGGAUAGAUAAUAAACAGAGUAGCAGCAAUGUAUGCAAAGAGUGAAAGUGUGUGUAUGUGUGAGUGUGUAUGCGGUGUCAAUAUGUGUGUGUGUGUGCGGUGUCAGUGUGUGUGUGUGCAUGCGUGCGUGCGUUGGUGUCAGUGUAGUUGUGUGAGUGUGUAGGAACACUUUCACCAACAGAAGGGUGAAUUUAUAACGCGUGUGUAGGCUAUGUGUAAAAGCCACAUGAUACAUAUAGGACUUCCUGUACAAAAGGGGAUUUUAACAGCCUUAUAUGUGCAUUUUGAUUAAAUAGGUUGCCUAUACAGACAUUGCAUGAGAUCUAGAUGGGUUGUGUGGAGGUCUGCAUGAUCAAGGGACACAAUACAUACUUCCUUGUGAAUGAAGUGACCUGGGAAGGCCUCAGAGAGGGCGUCGUACUUUUGUAUCGGAACCCAGUCUGUCAAGUGCAAUAAAGGACGUCUUGCCCUUUUGUCUGUUGUGUGAUUUAUUUGAUCAAGACGUUUUUAAUGCAUAACGCAUGAGUAGAAGUCACAGCUCACAGCAUUUCAUUGUAGCUUAUGGCGUGUAUUCGCAUGUUCAGAUAUACGUUGGAAGUGUGUUUGGGAACAUUCUAGUCAAUGCCCCUGAACUUAAAAAGGCCUGCAGUGCCUUUUGCCUUCCCUUGAAGCUGAUUGCGAACCUCCUGCUGUCAGAUAAGUCCUUUUUGUAAUUCAAUAUAAUCAGAGUAAAUCUAGGAUGAGGUGUCAAUCAUUUCCGGUUCAUACUAAUGUAAUAACAUAAAUUGCCAUCGGUUGCAAGAAAUUAUCUGGGUCCGUGUGUAUCACGUCUCAUAGUAGGACUGCUGAUUUAUGAUCAGUUUAGCCUUUUAGAUCACAAUGAAUAGGAUUACAUUGACA